UUUUCCUCCAAACGGCAUCUGUAGUAUGUGGUGUUCCCCAUGGGUCGAUUUUGGAACUACUUUUGUUUUCCCUUUAUAUGCUUCCUUUGUACUGUAUCUCAUGGAAGUACAGUCUUUCAUAUUAUUAUUAUUAUUAAUUAUUUAUUUUACUGUGUACUUUGAAAGCAUCAUUGUGUCUUCUGAGUGCCAUGUUGGGCACGAUUUCAUGUAAUGGAGAGGUCAGAUAUACACAUGUGUGCAAUCUAAACCCCAUGAUACAGUAUCUGCAAGGUAAUGGAGGGACUAAAGGAGAUUACGUUUGUAUUCAGCCAAAAAAAGCUCAACUGAAAGCACAUUUCAGAUCCAUGGCCAAAUCUUCCAGAUCUUUUCUAAAUAAUCAAUUACUGGACCACAUGCCCAUGGAGACAGAUUAACCCCAUACAUCCCGUUAAGUCAAUAAAGGCCGGCGAAACCCCUGCUAUGGUCCGGAGGAGGGAGGGUCUAAAGCCGGAUUCUAGGUCAGGGAGGCUUAACUCAGUCCGGCUGUGGAUUCAGAAACGAGCCGGUGCUGAACAGCUGGAGGCUAAGCAGAUUUCACCCAAAUGCCUCCACAGAGCGUGGUCCGCUGUCUUUGGCAUCCCAUGUUGAAUCAGAUCAUGGUUGGGAUGGAGAACGGUGUGGUCAAGAGUCAGAGAGGUGUGAUGUUGUGUGUGCUCAAGAGCAAGAGGAAGAAGAAAAACACAUCAUCACCUGUCGAGGUGCUCGUGUGGCAGCCCACGAUGGGACGCUGUCCUCCUUCAUCCUCAAAAACAUCGCUCUGGACAAAACCGACGACAGCAAAACAACCAGAGGCCAUCCAGUAAGACAGACACCAGAGCUGUUCCCUGCUGCAGACGUCUGAGGAGGAAAAAUAAGGUCUUAAGGGUCAACUUUUCGAAAUUGAGAUUUAUACAUCAUCUGUUUUUAAUGUGUGGUUUGUGAGGAGACUAAUAUUUGUCUGAGAUACAAUUAUUUGAAAAUCUGGAAUCUGAGGAUGCA